ACUACCGUUCUAACUAUACCUUGGGUUUUUAGGGCUUUCUUCUCUCCCCCGUCUUUCUCGAUCGACUAAAUCAAUCAAUCACUUUCCGAUGGCGGAGGAUCAGGCCGUGAGAUCUUCAUCCACCGAGAGGUCCACCGGCAGGGUCGUCAAGUUCAGCGACAAGAAGGGGUUCGGCUUCAUCAAGCCAGAUGAUGGCGGCGAAGAUCUGUUCGUCCAUCACAGCGUGAUUAAGUCCGACGGCGGAUACCGCACUCUGUCUGAGGACGAUGUCGUCGAAUUCGAAAUUGCUCUCACCGAUAAUAAGUGCCAGGCAAUCAACGUCACCGCUCCAGGCGGAGCUCCCGUUCAGCCUGCUAAAAGAGGCGGCGGAGACGGUUACGACCGGCGCGGAGCCGGAUUCGGCGCUCCUAGGAGAAACAACGCGGGCGGUGCUGGGUGCUACAACUGUGGAAACCCUAAUCACAUCGCUAGGGAGUGCAAUAAUCGCGGCGAGAAUAACAGCGGCGGAGGGAGCUGCUUCAAGUGCGGGAACGCUGGGCAUUUUGCUCGGGAAUGUACGCAGGCUGCCGUCAAUGGUCGAGGAGGAGGAGGUUCCAGUGGAUCUUGCUUUAGCUGCGGCGGGUUCGGACACUUGGCUAGGGAUUGCCCCGGUGGCGGAGGAGCCUGCUAUAACUGUGGAGGGUAUGGCCACUUGGCAAGGGAUUGCGCUAGUGGAAGGAGUGUUGGAGGCGGUGGCGGUGGCGGUGGCAGGUUUGGUUCAUCUGCUGGUUGCUUCAACUGCGGGAAGCCAGGACACCUUGCAAGGGAGUGUCCCAAUAGCUCUUGAGCGGAGGAACAAAUAAUUAUUUCUCUGUUUGUUUUCCCAUAUUUUUUGUGUUUGCCUUGGGUGUUUGUUCACUCGGAUUUGGUUGGUUUUGCGGGGAUUUAUACAUAAGAGUUUGUGGCGCAAGUGGGUGAUGCAAUCCCUCUCUUUCUAAGAGGAAUUCCCCAAUUUUGACACAUUCAUAUGUUGGUUUGGUUUGGUUUGGUGGUGCUCUAUCUCGGAUGAAGAAGAUGAUUUAUGUUUUCAUUCUUCCACUCUUGGUUUCUAUUGAAUUCUCUGUGUUGGGUUUAUUAGUAACUUUGCGGAUUUUGUCAUCUAAUCAAGCUUUUCUUACUUACCUCGAGUGUGAAAGUUGAACAUGUGACAGAAUUGGGGGUUUGUUUUGUUGUGCAAUGCUUAAUUAAUAGCUAAUCCUGGC